AUGGUGAAGAAAUCGAGCCAAGCGGAUUUUUUGUUUCCGAGCAACGAGAUUUUGAUGAAAGAGGAGGUGGUGCUCAAUGUGAGUUUUUCAGGAGGGAAAUUUUGGAAUUUUCGGUCCGAGACGAUAUUUUUCGGCCCAGAAAGCGAUUUUCAGUCUAAAAUUUGAUUUCCGGGGUUUGGAGGCCAUUUUCUAGCCUAGAAGUCAAAAUUUUGGGCCCGGGAAGCUGUUUGCUGGCCAAGAAAAUCAAUAUUUUUCGAUUUUUCAGCUACAAAACAGAUUUUUCGUCCACCAAACCGAUUUUUGGGCCCAGAAAUUUGAUUUUCGCGACUUUUCAGCCAAAAAUCGACUAGAAAAUGAUUUUUAGACCCAAAAAACACCGUUUCUGCGUGAAAAACGACUUCGGAGGCUAGAUUUAAACCUGAAAUCUUAAUUUUUGACCAAUACAUUGAGCUUGGGAUUUAAAAUUGAAAUUCAAGAUUGAAAAUUGCUUUUUCGCCUGGAAAAAUUGUGUUAAAAUGUAUUUUUAACAUUGAAAGAUCAAUUCACGAAAACAUUGUAGUUCAAAAUUAGUUUUUCAGCCAAAAAUGAUGACAUAUCGGGAUUUUUGAAGCUUCUGGAGUGAUUUCUGAUGAAAAUUGACCCUGGAAUUCAUUUUCCAGAAGUUUUUGCUGAUUUUUCGUAAAAUAAAGAAAAAAAUUAAUAAAACCAGGUAAAAUAGGGUUCUCAAAGUAUAGUUGGACAACGACUCGACUUGAGUCGACUCGAGUCGACUUGGAGUCGAGUCGUUUGGAAAAUACCUUUCGACUCGACUAACGACUCGAGUCGUUUAGUCGAAAAGGUGAGUCGAUUAGAAAAUGACUCGAGUCGAGUCGAAUGGUUUUUUUCGACUCGACUCGACUCCGAUGGUCAAUUUUCUCAUGGUGAGUGGGGGUUUUGUAUUAUGGUUAAGGUGUUGGCUUAGAUGGUGAAUAUUGGAUGGUGAUUGGUGGACAUGGUGAUAGUGCACCAAUCACACCAAUUGCGCCAAUAAUGGUAAAUUGGUGUGAUUGGUGCAGUUGGCGCAAUUUUAACCAUUGGUGGAAUUGGUGGAUGGUGAAAUUGGCGAAUGGUGCGAUUCGCCAAUUGGUGUGAUUGGUUCAAUUCACCAAUUGGUGUAGUUGGUGCAAUUUCACCAAUUGGUGUAGUUGGUGCAAUUUCACCAAUUGGUGCAAUUGGUGCACCAGUACCCAAAUAAACCAAUCACACCAAUUGGCGAAUUGCACCAUUCGCCAAUUCCACCAUCCACCAAUUCAACAAAUUCCACCAAUGGUCCAAAAUUCCCAUUAUUGGUGCAAUUGGUGUGAUUGGUGCACUAUCACCAUGUCCACCAAUCACCAUCCAAUCACCAUCCAAUAUUCACCAUCUAAGCCAACACCUUAACCAUAAUACAAAACCCCCACUCACCAUGAGAAAAUUGACCAUCGGAGUCGAGUCGAGUCGAAAAAAACCAUUCGACUCGACUCGAGUCAUUUUCUAAUCGACUCACCUUUUCGACUAAACGACUCGAGUCGUUAGUCGAGUCGAAAACAGCUGUCUUAUCGACUCCGAGUCGACUUGAGUCGACUUGAGUCGUUGUCCAACUAUAUCUCAAAGUCAAUUUUCAUCGGGAAUCACUUCAGAAGCUUCAAAAAUCUCGAUUUGUCAUCAUUUUUUGACUGAAUAACUCGAAAAUUGAUCUUUCGAUGUUAAAAAAGAAACAUUUUUUUCGUUCAGGAAUCAGCCCUUCACGAAAAUCUUUUCCAAUUUCAGUCUAAAAUUUUCAGACCUACGAUGACUGCACUGAUUAUGUGGAAUUCGACGACACAGCCGAUUACAACAUCGAAAAAUAUCGAGAUGAUAUUCAAAUCGAAAUAAUCAAUGAGUCAAAAGACGGUAUGACUCUCGAAUUCGAUUUGACACGCGUCGAAGCUCCAAUCGCCAAUGCACUUCGCCGAAUUUUGAUCGCCGAAGUUCCAACAAUGGCCCUCGAAAAGAUCUAUCUCUAUCAAAACACUUCAGUCAUUCAGGACGAGGUUCUUUGCCAUCGUUUAGGUCUUCUUCCCCUCAAAGUCGAUCCGAGACAAUUUCAAUUUCCUUUGACGAAAACUAUUGGAAUCAAUGAGCAAGGAGUGGAUUGUGAUGAAGAACCGGAAGGAGAUCCGAAGAGGAAUUUGAUCUUUAAGAUUAAUGUGACUUGCACGAAGAAUCGGAAUGCGAUUCCGACCGCGACUGAUCCCAAACAACUUUUUCAUCAUAGUUCGGUUUAUUCGAGAGCUUUUGAAUGGGUUCCGAUUGGGGAAGAGCAGGCGAAUGAAUUGCAGGGAGAGGUAAAUUUGACUAUGUUCCUUUAAAUUUGGGUCUCACCACGAAAUUUGUGGAAUUUUUAAUCUAAAUUUGACUAUGUUCCUUUAAAUUUUGGUCUCACCACGAAAUUGUGGCAUUUUGAAUUUAAAUUUGACUAUGUUCCUUUAAAAUUUGGGUCUCGUCACGAAAUUUGUGAAAUUUUGAAUGUAAAUUUGACUAUGUACCUUUAAAAUAUGAUCUCGAAGCGAAGUGUGAAAUUUUUGAUUUCAAAAAAGCUAGAUUCUGGGUCUCGCCACGAAAUUUGAGAAUUUUGAAUGUAAAUUUGACUAUGUUCCUUUAAAAUUUGGGUCUCGCAACAAAAUUCUCCAAGAUUUUCGACUCUAAAAUGCUCUGUUCCUUUAAAACUUGGGUCUCGCCACGAAAUUAUUGCAUUUUUUGAGUGAAAAUGACAAUUUUCCCCAACAAAAUCCUGAAAAUUGGCUCUGAAACAAAAUUUCUGAAUUUUCCUAUAUUUUUCCUCGAAAAAAUACGUUUCUACAAAAACAAAUAUUCAGAUUUUGAUCAGAAAAUUUUGAUGCAAUAGGAUAUUUCUUAGUAAAAUCAAUAAUUAACUUUAAAAAAAUAAAUAUGAUUCAAAACCGAUUUUCUUUUCAGAACAAGCCACGAAUGGUGUCUCCAGAUAUUCUCGUCGCCAAACUUCGCCCAGGUCAAGAAAUCGAAGCCAGUUGCCACGCCGUCAAAGGAAUCGGACGAGAUCACGCGAAAUUCUCGCCAGUCGCCACCGCCUCCUAUCGCCUUCUCCCAACAAUUCGCCUCCACGCCGAAAUUUCGGGAGAAGCUGCCGAAAGACUGAAAUCGAGUUUCAGCGAAGGUGUGAUUGCGAUUGAGAAGAAGGGAGCGAAAAAGAUUGCGGUGGUCAAGGAUGCGCGAAAAGACACGUGUAGUCGCAAUGUUUUUCGACAUGAGGAUUUGGCGAAAGUUGUGCAAUUGGGAAGGAAUAAACAGCAUUUUAUUUGUGAGUUUUUUGGGGAAAGGGUUUAAAGGAACAUAAAAGAACAUUUAAAGGAACAUUUAAAGGAAUAAAAUAAGGAUAGAAUUCUAGAGAAAAAGGCUCAUUUCUAGGUUCAAAAUUUUCCGAAAAAUGAAAAUAUCCAGAUUCAGCACAAAAUUCUUCAAAAAUCGCCGAAUUUAGGCUUGAAAAUGCUCCAAAACUGGGAAAUUUCAAAAUUUCAGCUUGAAAUUUUACAGAAACAGGUUAGGGCUGAUUUACGAACGAAAAAAACGGUUUUUUCACAUCGAAAGAUCCAAUUCACGAAAAUUCAAAAAAUGUCGAAAAACAUUGUAGGUUAAAAUUAAUUUUUCGAGUUUUUCAGCCAAAAAUGAUUACAAAUCGAGAUUUUUGAAGAUCCUGGAGUGAUUUCUGAUAAAUUUCAAAUUUUGAUGAAUUUCGAAAAACAAAUUAUUUUCAUCAGAAAUCACUCCAGAAGCUUCAAAAAUCUCGAUUUGUGAUCAUUUUUGGCUGAAAAACUCGAAAAGCUAUUUUUUCGUUCGUAAAACAGCCCUAAUCGGUUUCUGGAAAAUUUUAAGCUCAAAUUUUGAAAUUUCACUAGUUUUGGAGCAUUUUCAGCCUAAAUUUCACUAGUUUUGGAGCAUUUCAAAACCAAUUUUUUUUCUUCGGAUAAUUUUCUAUGUUUCACUAAUUUUAGGAUAUUUUCUAACCCUAAAUUGAAAAGUUCAGGAGCAUUUUCAAGCCUAAGCUCGGUUAUUUUUGGAGCAUUUUGAGCCCAAAUUUCACUAGGUUCUGAGCAUUUUCAAGCCUCAACUCGUCGAUUUUUGAUGAAUUUUGGGCUGAAUCUGGAUAUUUUCUAUUUCUGGAAAAUUUUUGACCUAAAAUUGAUCCUUAUCUUCUAGAAUCCUAUCCUUAUUUUAGCAUGUUCUUUUAAAUUAUUGACCCUGGAAACUCUAAUUUAUUGAUUUUUUUUGCAGUCAGUGUUGAAUCGACCGGAGCCUUGAGAUCGAAUGAUUUGGUCGUUGAAGCGUGUAAAGUGAGUGCUAUAUGCUAUUUUGGGGCUAAAAAUUCUGAAAAUCAAAAAUUCUGGCCAGAAAAUUCACUGUUUCAAAAAUUUUGUAAAUAAUUUUGGGAAAGGAAAUAAUUUGAUGUUCGGAGGUUUUACAAAAAAAAAUUUAUAAAUUUCAAAAUUUAAUAUUUCGCGGAAGAAUUUUCACUGCCACGUGGCAUUAAUAAAUUGAACUCAAAAAAUCUCUGAAAAUUUCCAUCUAAAAAUUCCCAAAAAAUGUUCAAAACGUGGAAUUUUCGCGCCACAAAAAUUCAAAUUCAAUUUUUUUCCAGGUAAUGCAAUUAAAAUGUCGUUCACUCCGAAAACAAGUCGAAGAACUUCUGGGAUAA